UUUGAUUUGACCCUUCUCAAGGAGGAAGAAGCUGUUCGCGAAACUGAAAGAUCGGACGAUACUUCUUCCCUGAUUGGCAGCGUUUCCUAACUUCUGUGCCGAUAACAAACGUCUCCGAUGGAUGCGAACAUCGUUUUGAACACAAGGGUGAAACAGAAAGACUCCUCGCGGGCAGUGGUUAUUGCAGUCACUGCCAGCUCUGUCUUUGACCUGGAGGAAGAGGAGGGGCCUGGAAGGGAUUCCGCAGCCAAUGAGAAUGAGCCUUUUAAAAUGGGUGCAGCGUUCGCCUUUAUUAAGGCAGUACAGAGAGUCAAUGAGAAGCUGCUGGAGAGGGACGCGAAGGAAACGCUGCUGUUUGACGUGAUGCUCGUGUCCAAAAGCGGCAGCUCCAACAGCCGCUCCAGGACAAAGGGCAGUACAGUGCAUUAUGGUCUCGAGAUUGGCCGAUUCUGCUUCUGCGGACCGGAGGAGGAUUUCACAGAACCCCUGCGCUCGAACCAUGUCAAGCUGUUCCUGUCGACGGCCCGGGAUGACGUCAGCAAGGCCUGGGAAAGGGGUGUCCCGGCGGCGCUGCUGUACCCGCAGAGUGUCCCGGACUCCACCGGCCCGCUCCGGGUUCUGUUCAUGGGGGAUGUUCUGGGCCUGACUGACGAGACGGCGCCGGUUCUGGAAGAACUGGGGUUCAGCAAGACCCAGCUGCAGCACAUCACAGCUGUAAAGGGCGCCAUGAGGGAGUUUGCGAGGUGCGUGGGGGAAAUGAGGAGACGAUUCCGGCUGGAGAGGAGCCCGAUCCGCACCUGCCUGGUGGUGGCGUGGAGCCCCAGCGAGGCCUGCGCCCGCGCCCUGAAGACGCUCCGCGGCUGGGGCCUGGAGGUGGAUGAGGCCUUCAACCUGGCGGGGGCCCCCCGGGGCCCCAUCCUGGCCCAAGUGCGCCCCCACGUCCUGUACGACCACGGACUGCCGAACCCGCACGGCGUUCCCCCGGAAUUCCGACGGUGACGUCCGUCAGACGGAAUGGGGGGGGGGGGGGGGUCGCGUCUUAUCGGGGUCUCUCUCUUUAUUCCGGAAGGUUCCACUGACGGGAUUCCGAGGUCAUCGCUUCUUCUAAACCGCUUUUCUUUUAAUGUGCCGAGUUCAAAAAAAUUCAUACUAAUUAUAUCAGUGCCGCUACGCGUACGCAGUAUGUCAGUCUGUAAACCAGUUGCUUGCUUGUAACUGUCCUGCAGGGUGCUUCGAUUGCCAGAUAAAUAUAUUCUUUACCAGAUCGGACAGCCAGCAUUACAGGUGAACGAGGGUACCCCUCCUCGCUUAACGCAAAACCAGCAUCCGAAUCGCCUUCAUGCAUUUCUCCACGUGGACUUUGACUCCGUGGCUAGUAAGGAACUGGGGGGAUGUAAGGGAAUGCGUGUUGGCCAAUACCUGUGCGGAGAUCAAAGCUUGUUGCAGAAAGAGGGUGUUGAAUGCUGGGAAGCCAGAUGUUUCACGGCCACUUUGUAAAGGUUUGAUAAGGUUGUCCUGGCUUCGUUCAGCAGACAGAGUAAACCUGUCAGCAGAUCAAGCUGCUUAAAAAAGGUUGCUUGCCGUGUGACCAGAACUGUUGGUAUAGUGUCACAUGCAUUUUGUUACUUUUGCAUGCAUUUCUUUUUUUUUUUUUUUAAUUGUUUGAUUUGACUGACACUUAAUUUUUGGUGGUUUGUAUAUUUGUUCAGAAUCAUCUGUAUCUUCAGCAACUGUUGCCAAAUCCAAUGCUUGGAAAAAAUGUGCCAAUUCAGCAACUCAUGAUGCCUGAGUCACGGAUGGAUGUGUUGUCAUUACAAUGCACCUUUUCUACUGAGUCACAAGAUCCCCGUGCUGCCUUUCACAGAGCAGUGUAACCGGCUUAAUUAUUCUGAGAAACUGACCUGAAUCACCAUCAAAAAAACAAAACAAAAAAAAAAAAACAA